AUGUCGAAGUCGGGCAACCUAGCUGCCCUGUCAGCCAUUCUCAGUCCCGGGGAAACACCCAUCAUCUACUACGCCGAAGACCCUCCAUACCUACCGCGAAUUCUCGUCUUCUACUACCCUGUACAAGCGGUGGGCUCUCUGGCCUCGACCUCGCGUAUUCGAACGACCAUCCUCUCAGCAGCCGGCUUCAAGAGUUAUGGGGCAUUCUCAGUCGCCCCGAAUAGCAGUUACUACUCUGCGGUCCACAAGCUACCGGAAGAUAAACAAAGAGACGAUGUAUCCCGUGGCAUUGCCUUCGCGCUUUGUCGGUACUUCUCUGAAGUGCCGACUGAGGUCAAAAAUGCCAUUGCUGAAGAGAACGUGCAUCAUGGAAUAGCGCUGAAAUGGGGCCAGACACAUGCUGCUCAGGUUACAUGUCGAAUGUGCAGGGUCAUCAACACCGAGGAGAUAGUUGAGGCACUCCGGCCAUUUUCCAAGGAAAGACCUGCAAGCCCCCAGACACCUACCAGACCUUUAGCAUCGAUCAGAAAGACCAGGCCAUCUUUCCUACCUCCCGAGGCCGGUAGUCACAACGUUGGUCGCGCAAACCACGCCUUCACCCCAUCCAAGAGGAUAGCCAGUGGUCAUGCAAAACGCUCUCCAUCUAUAUCCACGCAAGCACCCCGCAAGGCGAGCUCGACGAUUGACCCAAAGCACUCGGUGCAGCAACUUGAGUCGUUGCGGUUCAAAAUGUGCGAGUUUGUGGACACCGAAGACAGGUACAUCACCCGUCUCCAAGAUUUGAUCGAACUCGUCACGAAUCAGGGCCGUACGCCAAAGUCCCUGAGCUCCAAAUUCUCGAGCUCUCGCAAUCAAAAGGCCGUGAAUGCCAUGAUUCAGUUUCCCUCUCUGUUGGACCAGAUCAAGGACUUGAAUCUGGCUUUCCUGGAUGAUAUCGAGACAGCGCUUCACUGUUCCGAAGAUGCUGCUUUGACCUUUUUGGACUCUGCACAAGCAAAUCCGCAGCUCAUCGCCAACGCCAAAGACCCAAUGGGUAUCUACAGUUUUGCCAAAGUGCUUUUGAACCACUUCCCUAAAUUCCCCAUGCCAUACCGGCAAUACCUGGACCUGCAUUCUCAAGUCUCCUCGAAUCUCGACCAAUUUCUGAGGGAAGGUACCACUUCAAUCCAAAAGGCCCCGUCCUUGCUUAUGGAGCCGGCUCAGCGUAUCUCAAGAUAUGGCCUAUACAUCGACACUAUGCUUCCCCAUGUACCUUCAAAUUUUACCGUGGCCAUACGAACCCUGGAGAAAGCCCGAAAAAUUAUCGCUGAGAUUUGCGAGAUGGAACCUGCAGCAUCAACCAUUUUGGACUCUCUACGCAUCGAGCACGAAGCCAAGAAAAAAGGUCUCUCCCCAACCAAAUUGCUCUCUGGUCUGACACGGUCCAAUGGAACUGUCAGGGAAGCCCCAGCGUUGACGGGUAGUGUGAGGGAAAGGGAGGGGCCUCGCCUGUUUCCCAGCCUAGGACGCAGUCUGAGUCGGCGUCAGAAGACCACCAGGCCUGGUCUUUCAAGUAUCUUGUCUGAACAAAAUCCUGAACAAGUGAACAAUGUCCAGCCUAAAACAGACGAGAACAGGCCCCUUACGUCGUCUUCGGGUCUGUCUUUCGGCUCCGUUAAGAGACCGCCAACCUCAGGGUCUAGUGUUAGUGCCACGAACCGUUCCACUGCAAGCUCCAGUCCGGGUCCCAAUGCUCCUGCUGUACUAAUGUCAAGCAAGAGACGCAUUGGUACAUCCCCUGCGCCCGCCACAGCCACAGGUAACAUCACGGCAGCAACUGCUGGCGAUGGAGCUCACAUAUCUACUUCUUCGCAGGCGCGCAGCUUCGAAUCUGUGGAGCAUUACAAGGCUCAAUUGGUACGGGUGGAGGAAGAGAAUUAUAAGCUCCUUCAGGAAAACGCCGAACUGAAGAGGCUGAUAAGGCAAUGUACCUGCGGUGGUGCGGUGAGGCGGCUUUGA